AGGUGAUAUCGUUAACUGUAUUAACAAAAGUCUACUAAUAUGAUUAUUAGAAUCAUUUAAUAUAAAAGAUUAGGAUUAAAUGCCGCUUUUUCGGAUUUUCAUUCAUUUUUCAUUCAAUUAAAUUUAAUUCAUACAUAGAAAAUGAAUGACAGGAUUUAAAUCUUAUUUGCCCGGAAACUCAGUCAGUGAAUUAACUACGACCUGUUGUAAGGCUAUGACAUUUACACUUGGAAGAGCAGAUUAUUGUUAUGUAUUACAACAAAUAUCACGGAUUACAAUGAAGUAACGCACGAUGACCCAGAAGAACAACCAAACAUGUAUGAACAAAUACCACGAAAAAUUUGUCUACAUUGUUACCGAUCAGAUUCCUUUCAAUUUUCGUAAAAGUCCUUUUUCAUUUUAACUGAUCGCUUAUGUAAUAUGGUAACGCGAACCUACCUAGAAAUCAAUAAUGAUGGUUAUACCUAUAAGCAACCUGUAUCAUACUUCACACCGAAUUCACAAAAUUUCCAACGACAAUGGAAAAGUCAUCAGAAUUUACAUGAAUCACGCUUGCUUAAUCGUCAUGUGUCCGAUCAGUACAUUACCAUACCAACAACACGUUUAAAUAAUGAUUCCCAUAAAAAUGUAAAGGGAUGUUGUAAUAUUACUUUAAGUAUUAAUAAUAAUAAUAAUAAUAACAGUCACUGUAAUAGCAAUUAUAGUAUUAAUAGUGCAAACAACAAUUGUCUGCAACAAAAUUUUCACAAGCCUCCAUUAGAUGUAUAUAACAACAUAAAUAAUCGUCGCCUAGAACUAAAAGAAAACCCCUCUACCAUGAGGUUCGGUGAAAAAUUACGUUCUACAUCCCUGCCACCACUAUCACUUCCUAUAAAUUAUUUUACUUCCCAAAAAUCAAUAAUUGCCAAUACUGGCCACACCACACCGUCAUUGGUCAAUCAGAUGUGUCAUAAAUUCUCCUCCACCUCCGCAUGUCAACAUAGUGGUGCAGAUUGGGAAGAUUGCCGUAUUAGCAUAGAUUGUUUUGGUAUUAAAGGAAAACACUGUAAAUCAAUAAGGCACCUACACAAAAAUCACAGUUAUAAAUCAGCACCGCAAACGUAUUUAUUAUCAUCAACACAUAUUGGUAACACACAGAAUGGGUUGAAUGAUAAAUACUUGCUCCCUUUGCCAAUAAGGACACCUUCUAUUCAUUUAGAAAAUAAAAAGUUAAAUAAAACAUCCCAAUCAAUAAGACCGCAUAGUUUAUGCGCUAGAUCUGUCCGUCUAUCAAUUAUACCAUUGAAUCCAAUCUACAAAAGAUCACCAUCACUAGGAAGAAGAAAACUGUGUUUACCAAAUCACAAUAGUCAGUCGAUAAGAACAGGAUCAACUAGAAACACACCUUGGAUUAAUUCAUUUGAUUUACGUAAUUGUCAAACAGUUCUCCGUAAUUGCUGGCGUAAAAAUUUAAUUCAAAGAAUGGCUUUCAAAAUUGAUGAUUUUACAAUCCAAGAAGAUCAAGUAAAAGGUAAAAUAUCAGUUACCCCUGUUUUAUUCAUUAUUGCUUUUCACUUUGAUUUGUAUAGAUUUUCGUCGUACAGUUUUAAUUUAUUCAUUGUACUCAUUUAUCAUUUAACUCAUUUACCAGUUAUAGACUUAUUUACUUGGCUUCUGGCCACACUCCAAGUGUGAGAGUUAGUAGUGAUACAACCACUUUCCUUGAACGGACAUAAUUGAAGGGGGGUUUGAACAUGAGAUUUAUUCAUUAAAAGUAGAACCCCUUGAUCGUUAAGUCACCACAUUCAAUCCGUAAUUUCUUAAACGAUCAGCCGAACUACAGAAAACUAUUCCUACCUAAAUUUUAAACCCAUUUAAAUCUCCAAGUUUUGACGUCAAUGAUAUAUCUUCUAGUCGUAAUAUAGAACAAGAGAAUUAAAAUUAUUGAGUGAAAACCGAUAAGGAAAUUUCAAAGUUCAUUUCUCUAAGUACUAGAUCUAUUACCAAUCAUAAAAUCAUCACCAUAUAUAUUAGUGAUUCCCAGUAAUCUAAGAUGAAGUUAGAUUUCGUCAUCUGUACACUUUUAAGAAUAAAUAGAGGUUGUUGAUUUGCAAUUCAUUCCGGACUCGAUAAAACUGAUCAGAAUAAGAGAAAAUAAGUGUCGAUGGAAACCUAAUUGGUUUUUUAUCCUUGUUCAGAUAUAUUUCAUUGAAAUACCUUCAUGUACAUCUUCAUCUGGAAUUUACUUCCUUCAUUAUCCCAAUUUAUGUAAACACAUGAUUCUUAAAUGCUUACCAACUUACUUAAUCCUGAUACCUUUAUUAGGAAAUAGGCUACCGACCACGGAUCUCCAACCAACACUGUCUUGAGUUCUCCUUUCCAGUUGAUGCCAAAUGCUGUUCACCAUCUUCAUAUCUGCCUCUUAUUUCCCGGUGUAAUGUGUUCUCUGAUCUGCCUCUUUCCUUUUGCCUUGUGAUGCAGUUUGAUGGUUUCCUCAUGGUGUGACCUAUCUAGCUCCGGUGUCUUUCCCAAUUUUCUCCUAAUCUGAGACCUAAUUUACCCCUCUGCCUUAGUAGGUUAUUCCUGAUGGUCUUUGGCCAACAGAUCUGACGUAUCUUGAGUAGACAGCUUUUUAUAACUACUUGUACUUUUUUGCUGACGGUUAUGGUAAUUCUCUAAGUUUCAUGUCUCUUCAACAUCACUAUCUUAACGUCAGUGUUGAAAAUUAUAACUUUACUGCUGGCUGACAGUCCUUUCUAGUUCCAUAUAUUCUUCAGUUGUAGUAAUGUAUAUACGUGUACUUGUUCUAUUUUCUGUGAUACUUCUAUCUUUUUUUUUCCAGUUGCCAAAGAUGUUUUCAAACGUUUUGACAAAAGAGGACAAGAAAAAAUUAGCACCACUGAUUUAGGUCCAGCUUUUCGUGCACUUAAUCUUACUGUUAAACCCGACACUUUGAAAGAAUGGGCUGAUCAGGUCGAUGACGAUGCAACUGGAUUCAUUGAUUUCAAUGGAUUUCUAAUAUGUUAUGGAAAGAAACUUCAAGAAGAUCAAGAUGAAAGAGAUUUAAGAGAUGCAUUCCGAGUUUUGGACAAAAAUAAACGUGGAGAAAUUGAUGUCGAAGAUUUAAGGUAAAUUCAGACUCUCGAUAAUUUCACUCUUGUUUCAAACAUUCAUCAUACUUAUUUAAUUGGAUUUUUUUCAAAUGAACUUCUAGUUACAGAUAAUUACUUGAUAUUGUAGCCAGUGAGCAUAAAGAUGACUAUAUAAUCCGAUGAAUAUCUUCUACAUGUGCCUAUCUUAAUAGCCCGGUAAUAUCACCAGCCUGACCUCAACACAAAAUAAAAGCGACUCUAACAUCAGUAUGGGGUCUAAUAUAUCGAACACUAGAGAUUAUUAAGCAGUUUGACUGGAAAGGAAAUUAUAUUCUGUUGGUUAUUUACUACAAUGUGUGAUGUGUGGGAUCGAAAAAUAACAACUUCAUUAGAAUUUAUAAAGGGACCAGUUACGUAAUUUAUUAUCACACCUAACAGUCCAACUUCAGUGCGGUCGUAAGCGCAUAGUUUUAUAUAUGCAUGUAAGCUACUCAUAAGUAGCACGAAAUGAUUAAAACAUUUGUUUGCAUUAAUUUUUUGAUUCCAUAUUUCUCACAGAUGGAUAUUAAAAGGUCUAGGCGAUGAUCUUACUGAAGAAGAAAUAGAUGACAUGAUUCGAGAUACUGAUACCGAUGGGUCAGGAUUUGUCGAUUUUGAUGAAUUCUAUAAAUUAAUGACAUCUGAAUAGAAUUUACAAUUUCACUUCAAUGAACACAAGUGGAAAAGAAUAUCAAAUUUACUCAAAAUUGCAUUUCAUUUAACUUUUUUCUCUUGUAACAUAUUACUAUUAUCAUUAUUACGCAACCACAAUGCUUCUUGAUCAGUUAGUGAAAUGCCUUAUUGGACAGUCUUAGUUUCAUCAAUGAUGCAUCGAUCGGUUCAUGUGACUGUUUUUUUCUCCUUUUUUUUACACACAUCAAUUACAGCUUACCCUAUAAAAUUGUACUGUAGUUAUGUUUGGAUUAAAUAAUGAUUUGUGCUGUAUCAGUUUUUUUUUAUCCCUUAUAUUAUUUUAGUGUUGUGUCAUUGUGUUCUGAUGCAUUGAUCAGUCUAAAUGAUCUUCUGUAUGUUACUUGAAUUGUCAAUAGUUGUAAAACCUCUACUUUCUUUGUAAGCUUUAACCCUAACAUUAUGGAAUUGUCUCUUUUAAAAUGGAUUAGUUGAAUAAUGAAUUACGUUGUAAUGACUAUCAGUUCUUUCUGUUGUUUGUUUUUUUUUAAAAAGGAAAAGAAAAAUAAAGAUUAAUCUAACAUUAUUUACU